GUAUUGCUGUAUGUGGGAGGUUUCUAUGGAAAGCAGGUGUCAUCCGCGCAGUGUCGCUGCUGCAGUUAGAGCUUCGCUGCUAAUAUACGCACAUCAGGGAACGAGGCUAACUAACGAGAGAGAAAUAAAACCAACUGUUCAUUAAAAGCUUGCACGUUUCUAGCAACGCUCCAAAACAUUUCUGCACUUUUUCGUCUUCUUCAUCCAACAUAUUGCAAAAUGGCUUGGGAAAGCGCGUCUGUGGAGAGAUGCGGGGAGGCUUGAUAAAGGGGGAUAUUAAGCUUCUCGGUGCCUGUGUGAGAGUCGAGUGAGUCAGACUCUCUCAUAUUUCAGCCCUAGCUAUAGUAUUGCUGGCUAGGCUACUUGAAGCUGGUGCCUGAUAUGGACUAAAAGAAGAGCUAAUUAUACCAAAAGGGAGAAGAUUGCAUGUUAAGUUUACAAAUUGCUUUAGCUCCGUCUAAAGAGGACAAGGGAAGAAAGUUCGUUUCUGGGAUAAAAUUGGAAACUGGAGGUUUGUCCAAAAAGUCCGGGAAAUGGGGGAGCAGCCCAUCUUCACCACCAGAGCCCAUGUCUUCCAGAUUGACCCCUCCACCAAGAAGAACUGGGUUCCUGCUAGCAAGCAGGCCGUCACAGUGUCCUACUUCUAUGACAGCACGCGGAACAGCUAUCGGAUUAUCAGCGUCGAUGGCUCCAAGGUCAUCAUUAACAGCACAAUCACCCCCAACAUGACCUUCACAAAGACUUCCCAGAAGUUUGGCCAGUGGGCGGACAGCAGAGCGAAUACCGUCUUCGGCCUGGGCUUUUCAUCUGAGCAGCAGCUGGCAAAGUUCGCGGAGAAGUUCCAGGAAGUUAAAGAAGCAGCGAAACUAGCAAGAGACAAAUCUCAAGAGAAAACCGAGGCCUCCAGCAAUCAUUCCCAGGAAUCUGGGCGUGAGACUCCAUCCUCCACACAGCCAUCCAGUAUUAAUGGCACCGAUGACGAGAAGGCUUGUCACGCAGGGCCUGUAGAGGCACACCUGAAAAGCGAGAAUGACAGGUUGAAGUCUGCUGUGGCACAGGGCACAACCAACGCUAAGAAAUGGGAGACAGAACUUCAGACCCUGAGGGACAGCAACGCUCGCCUAAUCGACUCGCUGGAGGAGUCUGCAACUAAUGUAGAACAGUGGAAAAAGCAAUUAGCAGCAUGCAAAGAAGAGAGCGAUCAUCUCCGGAUAAAGAUUGCAGAGCUAGAAGCACAAUGUGAAGAAGCAGAGAUCCAGAAAGAGAACAAUGCGAAACUGAGCCUGAGACUGGAAGAGCUGAAGGCUGAUAUUCAAGAGAAAGACCUGGAGCUGGAAAACCUGAGAAAGCAAGCAGAAAUCAUCCCCCAGCUCAUGGAGGAAUGUGAAUCGAUGACUCAGAAACUACAGGCUGCUGAAUUGAAAAAUCAAGAGAUGGGAAACAGAAUGGAAACGCUGCAAGCAGACAUUGGCGAGAGCGAGCUCAAACAGAGCAUGCUGAAGUCAGAGCUGAAGAAGUUCAUGGAUGUCCUAGACGGAAAGAUUGACGAACUGCACGAGUUCAGACAAGGACUGUCCAAACUGGGAGUAGAUAACUGACAAGUCAGGAUUUCGGAAGCAAAACAAACCAUUCAGGGCCUUUCUGGUGAUACUGCUUCCCACGUGUGUUUCACAAGACAAAACAAAACAAAACGUAUGACUAGAAUGUUUCACUUGUGUGCAUCUUCUUGUGUAGAAGUUCUGAGUUCAUUGUGUUUGAAACUAACGUGCUGCUUGCUGAAGUGUUUAGGGUGCGAUAGACUGGUGGUGGCAGAUUCUGUCUUAGGAAUCUGGGACGCUUCAAGGUAUAUGCAGUUAAGUUGCAGGGGGGGGAAAAAAUGAGAUCUUUUUUUUUCUUCGUAAGGGCUGGAGCAACGAUGGGAACCAAGAUUAAAGAUCAUAAUCUUUGACACAAUGAAAUCCAUUGUAACUGGCCACCACAGGAACUUCUUUCUGGUGGACUGCUCUGAGUGAAUAUCACGGUGUUGGAUAUUGUUAGGAGAAAACUAGGUCAAUUCUAAGUCAUUGGCAGCAGUUUAUACGUUUAUGAUCUCAGGUGAGCUCUAAGACAGUUUUUAUUAUGAUAUGCACAUACAUUAACUGCACAGUGUUGCAAAGUGCCUCAGUACUGGGAAAAUAUCCUCUCUUCCGGCAGAAAGCCAUCGUUUUCUAAUACUAAGCAAAGAGAUGUUUUGAUAUUUUUCUUGUUGCCUGAUAGAUAUUUUUUAUUUGUUUGAAGGCAGCACACAGUACAGCUCAAAUUUUAUGCCUAAAGCUCCCAACUGCUUAACAGAUUAUAAUGUGUCAGAGGAAAUAUCCCAUUAUAUGUAUGUACAGAGUUGAGAUACUAUAUUCUAUAUUGACAGUUUUAUAUUCCGGUUCAUGGGUUUUUUAAUAGAACGUCAACAGCAAUUUUGAGCUACCUAUGCGUGCUUUAUAUAUAUAUAUAUAUAUAUAUAUAUAUAUAUAUAUAUAUAUAUAUAUAUAUAUAUAUAUAUAUAUAUAUAUAUAAUGACAUCACAAGCACAUUCAGAGAUUUAAAUAGAAAUAAAUGAGUGUAGUUACCAUGGCAUCAGAAGUGUAUAAGUAUCUCCAGUGUGUUUUUUUUUUUUUUUUUUUUUUUUUUUAAAUACCCUUUUCCUUUAAACAAAUGUAUGUUAAACAUACUGAAACGCUGGGAAGUUGGCUCUUUUGUGCAAUAGUAGGUUAGGCUAAAUAAUCCCUUCAAUAGAGAAGCCAUUGGUAAAUAAAAACUAUAGGUACAGGGACAUACACGUUUGAAUAUCGAUGCAAGCUUGCAGUGUGAGCCUACAUGAACUCUCUCAGAACUCUGUGGAAGCUAGUAUUAUGCCGACUGUUUUAGAUCCGAGAUUUUAGAACGACUUUGACAGACAUUCGGAAUGGCAGUUUCUGUUAAAUGGUUCUUAAAAUGAAAGGGGGUGGAAGUUGUCAGGGGCUUACAGGGGCUUUGAAAGCACAUUUUGCAGGAUUGUAUGUGCAUAAGACAGGAAUGGCUGGGCUUGCUUUUAAUUAACAUGGGGAUCUGUGUUAAAAGCAAUGCGACCCAAGAAGAGGUCCCGGGACUGGAUGAAGGAGUGUGCGCAAUGCACAGGAAGGGUUUUUGCAUUCGGCUGAUGAUGAAUUAUUUAUUUUAAUGAGUAGUUUUAACCUGUAAAGAAUGUGCUUCUGUCCUCUUAGUUUUUUUUUGUAUUGGGGUGAGGGCAGGAGAGGGUUUGUUUUAAUUCUGGACUUUAGAGUUUCAAACUUUAUGAAUGUAAAAACAGAAGCCAGGGACCUUGACCAGUCCCACUAAUGAAGGCUGGUUGUUAAUUGAAACCACGUUUGAUGCCAGUGCCUGCAGUUGAAUAGAGCUGGUUAAAACUGACCAAAGAACUACUGAAUAGCCUUAUUUUCUCAUUGAGGAUCAUUCUUUAAAUAACAAGCAUGGGUGGCCCUGGGCAGCUGGGUUGCUUACUAUUAACUAUUGCUUAGUUUGCUACUAUAACAUGUUUUGAAGGAUUUAUCUUUUAGUUCAGUUCACAGCGAAAGGCAGCACAGAAUGUUUUCUAUCCCACAUAUAAAAUCCUACUGCCUCCCUGAAAAUGACAAACAUUAAAACAAUCUACUAUAUCUGUAGUGGGAUAGUAUACCCUACAUGAUUAGCUUGUGUCUUUUAAUAAUGAUGAGACUAAUACAGUUGGGUAAACUGGAAAGAGAUCUCGUUGUAGAUGUUACAUUUGUGGGAAACACUACUUUGCUUGUAAAUGUAUAUUUUGUAUCCUGUUUCAAAUCUAUUUCUGACACGAUGAAGCUAGUGUUUACUACAGAUGGACCACUUUAUCAUCCUGUUCUCCCAAAAAUGAAUAUAUCCGCAUCUCCUCCAAGCGCUGAAAUCAGUUUAAGUGGUGACCGUUGAUCUGGGUCUUCUCUCACACUACAACUUGAGUACACUGAAAACCUUUUCCUUCCUCCCUUAACAAAAGGAACCCUUAUGUACCUUUGUGAUUUCUAUCUGAUUUUACUGUAUCAUAUAGACUUGGUUAUUGUUAAAAUAUAGUUUCAUUAAAAGUUGGCAUCUUGUUUCUUUU